AUGAUCGGUAACAUUAUAACCAUUGUGUUGUCGAUUGUGGGUCUGGCGGCUGCUGGUAUAGUGAUAGCAGGGGGCGACAAGGAUAACGACGACGACAUGCGGGAAGCGGGCAUUCUCAUGCUGGCGAUCAUUGGCAUCCUCUUGAUGUUCUUAAUCCUGUUCCUCGCGUUCACUAUUGUUCUUCUUGUUGGUCUGCACAAAGUUGGCAAGCGAGACGACGGAUUACCUGAUGGUAAGCAAUCAGCGCCGUCAAUGGACACUCGCAACGGAGGAGUUACGAGGAGAGGUGAAAUGGGAGUAUCAGGCUUUUACUGCACUAUGCACGUGGUCCUCAUUGCGCUUGCACUGCAAACCCGGUUGAUCAUAUCAAAGAGAUCAUCAUCUCCUAUGUUGUUGGGUCCCGAGGUGGACUCAGACACUUCCCUGAAUGACUACAUCCGCAACCAUCUGAACCUGCGCGGCACCAAGUAUAUGUGCAAGGAGGGUGGUUGCGGCGCAUGCAUUGUUGCAGUCACCGUCAACGACCCCCACCGUCGGACCUUCUCUGUCAACUCGUGUCUAGUCUCCAUAACAUCAUGUCAAGAUUGGGAGAUCACUACAAUAGAGGGCAUCGGCAACCGAGCGCGAGGAUACCACCCUGUGCAGAAGACCCUAGCUGAGUACAACGGCACCCAGUGCGGGCACUGCAGCCCAGGGUUUGUGAUGAGCAUGUACAGCCUACUGGAAGCAAACGGCUACGACUUAACUCAGUACGAGAUUGAGAACUCUUUCGGUAGCAACACCUGUAGAUGUACCGGCAGCAGACCUAUACUCGACGCCUUCAAGAGUUUCGCCAAGGACGCUCCUAAGCCUCCUCCAAAAAUAGAAGACAUUGAAGAUCUUAAAAUUUGUCACAGUAAAGGCGACUGUAAGGGAUGCGACAAGGACAAAAACUGGUGUGUGGUUAGCCAGAGCGAUGUUGAUCCUCCUCAGAUUAAGAAAAUCAAUCUUAAAGAUGGCCACGUGUGGUACAGAGUGAACGAGAUCAAUGACAUAUUCACUGUGCUGGAUGCUGAGGGCUAUGACUCUUACAUGCUGGUUAACGGUAACACUAGUCGAGGAGCUGUUCCAAUUCUAGUGCGUCCGAAAAUUCUAAUAGACAUUAGGCCAAUAAAGGAACUUAAAGGGUAUUACUUAGACCAGAAUCUAGUCGUCGGUGCUGGCAUAACUCUGACAGACCUAAUGGAACUGUUUAAGAACGUCUCAAAGGCUCACGAGGAGUUUCAUUAUCUGUACAAGCUAUAUGAACAUUUAGACUUAGUCGCCCACAUUCCAGUGAGAAAUAUUGGUACUGUGGCGGGGAACCUGAUGACAAAAUAUCGUCUGCACGCUUUUUCAUCAGAUAUUUUUUUGCUGUUGGAAACUAUCGGAGCAACUUUGGUUUUAGUGGGGAAGGGACCAUUAAUGGAAGUUACGCCUGAACAAUUGCUCUCGGUGGACAUGACAGGAAGAGUGAUAACUCAUGUUAAGAUACCUCCACGGUCUCAGCGAUACCAGUUUGUGUCCUUCAAGAUCAUGCCCCGCGCUCAAAAUGCACAUGCUCAAGUGAAUGCUGCAUUCCUAUAUGAAUUUGAUGACCAUCAAAAGGAUGUAGUCCUAUCAGCCAGGAUUGUGAUCGGUGGAUUGUCGGGAAAGUUCGUCCAUGCAACGGAAACCGAGAAUUUCCUUCAAAAGAAAAAGAUAUUCACCAAUGAAGUGCUGCAGCAAGCAUUGAAGAUACUAGAAGGUGAAUUGAUAGUUGAAGACAUUGCAGGCGAGAUGAAACCUGCAUAUAGAAAGAAAUGUGCCCUCGGUCUGUUCUAUAAAAGUCUACUAGUACUAAUUCCAAAACAACGUCUCAAACCUUGGUAUCGUUCAGGAGCAAGAGACUUUAGAAAGACUAGGCCCCUGUCUAAAGGCUCCGAAGUCUACGACACAAAUCCCAUAAUAUGGCCAGUCAAUGAACCGAUGCCAAAGACCGAUGCGUUAAUACAGUGUGCUGGAGAAGCGAUGUACUGUAAUGACUUACCAACACAACCUAAAGAAGUAUUUUGUGCUUUUGUGACGUCAGAUAUUUGUACAGGAGAGAUAGAAAGUAUUGACGCUACUCCUGCUCUGAAAAUACCCGGAGUAUUAGCGUUCUUUUCAGCUAAAGACAUUCCUGGUAAAAACUCAUUCUUAUCACAAAGAGUACCAGGUCAGUUAUUACCUGAAGAAGUUUUUGUGGAAAAAACAAUUAAAUACUACGACCAACCGAUAGGACUGAUCGUAGCAGAAACGGAGAUACUAGCUAAUAGAGCUGCUUUAUUGGUCAAAGUUAACUACAAAGUUGAUAAAAAGAAACCAAUCUUGACGAUAAAGGAUGCUAGAGAAAGAGAACCAAGUCGUGUCUCUUUGUAUUUGAUUUAUCCUGCUAGAGACCGUGGGCUCAAUGUGCAGCGAGUACUCAAAGGCACCGAUGAAAUUUAUGCACAGUGCGCUUACUACAUGGAGUCGCAAACUAGCGUCUCCAGACCCAGUGAAGAUGGUAUUGACGUGUAUGCUAGUACCCAGUUUCUGGAUUCUUAUCAUGUCGCUCUCUCAGAGGUACUCAAUAUUCCGCAAAACAGAAUAAAUAUUACUGUACCCCGAUGUGGUGGUGCGUAUGGUAUGAAAAUAACUCGGCCGAACCAUAGCGGUGCUGCCUGCGCACUGGUCACCCAUCUGAUGGACCGACCGUGCCGCUUCGUGAUGAGCAUGCAGUCUGACUUUAGAGUUACUGGCAAACGGUUACCUAAUACUAGAGACUUUGAAGUUGGCAUUAAUUCUUCUGGAGAGAUUCAAUACUUAGAGUACCAUUUGUACAGCGACAAUGGGUACAUUAUUAGUGACCCCAUUAACCCACUACAGCUUGCUCCUAUUAAAAACUGCUACGACAACAGACGAUGGCAGUAUAAGAUAUUCAACGUUGUAACAGACACAGCUUCCAACACAUAUCUUAGAUCGCCAGGUUCUUUAGAAGCGAUAUCUAUGACCGAGCAAAUAAUGGAAAGGAUAUCAUAUGAAAUAGAACGGGAUCCCGUACAGGUUAGAUUGAACAACAUCGAACCAGCGUACGUCGAAGUACAGGAGAUGGUACAGACUCUACUUAAGGAUGGCGAGUAUGAAAAACGUAAAGAAGAAGUCCAGAACUUUAACAAAGUCAACAGGUGGAAGAAACGAGGUCUAAGAGUGGCCUUUAUGAAUUGGCCAGUUCCUAUAAUUAUGGACUACCACGUUUUGCUCUCUGUCUAUCACGCAGAUGCAACUGUGGUUAUACACCAUGGAGGCAUAGAAAUUGGACAAGGUAUUAAUACAAAAGUUAUCCAAGCCGUUGCCUAUACCCUGAAAAUUCCAAUUGAGAAAAUCAGGUGUAAACCGCCCACGGCUUCAACCACUCCCAAUGUCUACGCUACUGGAAGUAGCAGAACCACUCAGGCUAUUUGCUUUGGUGCUAUAAAAUGUUGCCAGAUACUCCUGGAUCGAUUGUCAGCUGUACGAGAUACUUUGAACGACCCUACUUGGGAGAUUUUGGUUGAAGCAGCGUACACCAGGGGAAUAAAUCUCCAAACCAGUUACCGAGUCACUGCUAAUGAUCAGGCGCCGUACAGAUCGGGUGGAGUGGCGCUGACUGAAGUAGAACUUGACAUCCUGACCGGCGAACACGAAAUAUUAAGGGUUGAUAUCAUUGAAGAUGUCGGUACUAGCAUAAACCCAGAACUAGAUAUUGGACAGAUCGAAGGAGCCUUCAUGAUGGGUGUUGGCUACUGGACUCACGAGGAGCUCAUUUAUGACGAGAAGACUGGAGAGCUGCUCACAGACCGCAGUUGGUACUACAAGGUGCCCCUCACCAAGGAUAUACCCAUCGACUUCCGAAUACAACUCAGGAGGAACUCUUACAACCCUGUUGGGACUCUGGGUGCUAGGGCGGUAGCGGAGCCCCCCACGUGUUUGUCCAUUAGCGUCGCUUUUGCUUUGAGAGAGGCGAUAGCGUCAUCAAGGGAAAACACAGGAUAUCCGAGAAACAAAUGGUUUAGAGUAGAACCUGAACCGGGGGUAUAUAAGCGGAACUGCGGCUCACCGCUGGCAGUUGAGUUCUAA